CCUCUCUUGUAUCCAACCUCUGUUGCCGUAGUCCUCUGACUGUCAUCUCAGGACCUGGGUCACCCUCAUGGCACAAUGGCCAGCCCUCAGGAGCACCUGAGCUGCUCCUCUUUGCCGCCCUUGCCCUUGACUGAGAACAAAGCCUCUGGUGGACGAAAUGAGCUUGCAGCCAUGGGGAACCACCCUUCACCCAAGCUCCCUGAGGACCCGCAGGAGAGGGGGGCUAUACGGUCAGAGCUGAUGGAGAUCACAGGCAGCCCGAUCUCCACCACAGUGCUGACCAGUGUAAGCGAGGAUUCCAGGGGCCAGUUUGAGAACAGUGUUCUUCAGCUAAGGGAACAGGAUGAGUCAGAGAUGACCAUGUCUCCGGGGAACAGCAACGCUGUGGAUGGAGAGGACCCGAACGGACCUGAAGACAUUAAGAUUCAGUUCAGUCGGUCAGGCAGCGGCAGCGGCAGCGGCAGCGGCAGUGGCGGGUUUCUCGAAGGACUGUUUGGAUGCCUCAGGCCUGUGUGGAAUAUCAUUGGGAAGGCGUAUUCCACUGACUACAAACUACAACAGCAAGAUACUUGGGAAGUGCCGUUUGAGGAAAUCUCAGAGCUGCAGUGGCUGGGUAGUGGAGCCCAAGGAGCUGUCUUCCUGGGCAAAUUCCGAGCAGAGGAGGUGGCCAUCAAGAAAGUAAGAGAACAAAAUGAGACGGACAUCAAGCAUCUGAGGAAGCUGAAGCACCCUAACAUCAUUGCCUUCAAGGGCGUCUGCACCCAAGCGCCGUGCUACUGCAUCAUCAUGGAGUACUGUGCCCACGGGCAGCUGUACGAAGUCCUGAGAGCUGGCAGGAAGAUCACGCCCCGCCUGCUCGUGGACUGGUCCACGGGGAUCGCCAGUGGGAUGAAUUACCUUCAUCUCCAUAAGAUUAUACAUCGAGACCUCAAGUCGCCCAAUGUUUUAGUGACUCACACAGAUGCAGUAAAAAUUUCAGACUUUGGCACAUCUAAGGAACUCAGUGAUAAAAGCACCAAGAUGUCCUUCGCUGGCACCGUUGCGUGGAUGGCACCAGAGGUGAUCCGGAAUGAGCCUGUCUCCGAGAAGGUCGACAUAUGGUCGUUUGGUGUGGUGCUUUGGGAGCUGCUGACAGGGGAGAUCCCCUACAAGGAUGUGGACUCUUCAGCCAUCAUCUGGGGUGUCGGGAGCAACAGCUUGCAUCUCCCCGUUCCUUCCACUUGCCCGGAUGGCUUCAAAAUCCUUAUGAAGCAGACAUGGCAGAGUAAGCCUCGCAACCGGCCUUCCUUCCGGCAGACGCUCAUGCACCUGGACAUUGCGUCUGCAGAUGUGCUCGCCACUCCUCAAGAGACGUACUUCAAGUCUCAGGCUGAAUGGAGAGAAGAAGUGAAAAAACAUUUUGAGAAAAUCAAAAGUGAAGGGACCUGCAUACACCGAUUAGAUGAAGAACUCAUUCGCCGGCGCAGGGAGGAGCUCAGACACGCUCUGGAUAUCCGGGAGCACUAUGAGAGAAAGCUCGAACGGGCUAACAAUCUGUACAUGGAGCUGAGCGCCAUCAUGCUUCAGCUGGAGAUGCGGGAGAAGGAGCUCCUCAGGCGAGAGCAAGCAGUGGAAAAGAAGUGCCCUGGGACCUACAAGCGCCACCCCGUCCGUCCAAUCAUCCACCCGAACGCCAUGGAGAAACUCAUGAAAAGGAAGGGUGUGCCUCACAAGGCUGGGGUGCAGACUAAGAGGCCAGACCUGUUGCGAUCCGAAGGCAUCCCUAGUACAGAAGCGGUUCCCACUGCAUCCCCUCUGUCUGGAAGUCCCAAAAUGUCCACCGCAAGCAGCAGGAGCCGGUACCGAAGUAAACCACGUCACCGCCGAGGGAACAGUAGGGGCAGCCAUAGCGACUUCGCAGCCAUCUUGAAAACCCAGCCCACCCAGGAAAAUUCACCCCACCCCACCUACCUACACCACACUCAGGCUCCGUGUGCUUCUGUCCAUCAACAUAAUCCUCUCCAGCAGCCAUACCAGCAACACCCUCCUGCCCUGCCUCAGAGCCGCCAUCCCAGACUCAAUGCGCAUGGGCAGGACAUUGCAACCUGCGCCAAUAACCUGAGGUACUUUGGCCCAGCGGCAGCCCUGCGAAGUCCACUCAGCAACCAUGCUCAAAGACAGAUACCUGGCUCUAGCCCCGACCUCAUCUCCACAGCCAUGGCGGCAGAUUGCUGGAGAAAUUCCGAACUUGAACUUGACGAAGACCAAGCUGGACCCUGGGGCUGUUGUCAGGCUGAACCCUAUGAUCCCUGUUUCCAGUGCAGGCCAGAACAUUCUGGGUCUUUAGACGGUCCCACUACUGAGCCAGUGGGGAGGAGCCCAGACCAUUCCGGUUCACCAGCGCACAAUCCUCUUUCAGGAAAUGCCCAAGGCUCUGAGAGAACGGAGACAAAUGGAUUCAAUGGCUGUCAGUCUGGUAUUUCUCAUCAGUUCACACCCCCAAUGCUACCUCAGAAGACACGGCCCCUUCAGAAGAGUGGAGAUGACUCCUCAGAAGAGGAAGGGGAAGUGGACAGCGAAGUAGAAUUUCCUCGACGACAGAGGCCUCACCGCUGCAUUAGCAGUUACCAGUCAUACUCAACCUUCAGCUCCGAGAACUUCUCUGUGUCUGAUGGAGAGGAGGGCAACACUAGUGACCACUCCAACAGUCCUGAUGAGUCCGCCCUCAGACGGCAGGACCGACUGGCAGAGACACUGGACGACCUGCUGUCCCAGACGCCCGAGGCCCCCAUCGAGAUCUCCUCCCACUCAGAUGGACUGUCUGACAAGGAGUGUGCUGUGCGCCGCGUGAAGACACAGAUGUCCCUAGGCAAGCUGUGUGCCGAGGAGCGCGGCUACGAGAACCCCGUGCAGUUUGGAGACUCAGACUGUGACUCUUCAGAGGGAGAGUGUUCCGAUGCCACAGUUAGGACCAGCAAGAACUACAGCUCUGCCACCUGGUGACAGGGGCUCUCAGCUCCUCUCCAGCAAUAGACUCCUCCCUCCUCCAUCUGACUGGGAGGAGUGGCCCAGUCCCAGAAAAAAGCCACAGUGACAGGAACAUGAGACUUGUCAAAUCUCUGGGAAAUACCCAAAUGAAACUAUGUCUCACUGAGCAUUUCAGUCAAGAAUGGCAGGGAUCUAUUGUACUGAAUAUUCCAGCUACUGUAACAUUGAUAUUUAUUUUUGUUGGACAUUUUAACACUUUGUAUUGUAAAGAGUGAACUAUAUAUGAUUCAGACACAAUAAUUUCUUUACAAAAAAAAAAAAAGUAAGGAAAUGUUGCUCUUUCGGAACAACAUUUGGAAUUGUGGGGCCAGGUGUCACUGUCACUUGAACAUGGGACCGGAUCUUUGGUUUAUGCUUGAAGAGUUGUAAGGAGACACGUUGAACAUUGAAAACACAAGCCAAAGGAAACGCAGCCACAUUAAGGUCAGCUGGCUUGUCAUGCGAAGGGUGGAAGUGACCUGAAGAGGAGUGACCUCAUAACACCAAUGCCCUGGAGGGCGUGUGCUUCCUCCAGGAGGAAAAGCCGCACAGAGCUAGAGCUGCACAUCUGGAAGCCAUUUUGUUUCUUGAACGUUAAGCAGAACCUGGUAGUAAGAGCUUCAGCAGCUUCAGGUCCUGCCCUCAGCACAUGCUUCCCGUUCAGUGACGCCAUUUUCAUGCCCCUGACCAGCGUGCUCUUCCAGACGCAGUGCCAUUUCUCCCAGGUAGCAUCCCUUCUUUCUGCCUGUUGACCGCUACUUUUAAGAAGGGGAAAGGAUCCUGAGGGGAUGAAGGGGUAAGAUGGACAGAGCACCUGUGGCACCAGCCUGUAAAAAUUCCUUCUCGAGGUGGCUCUGUUCAGUUAUAUAAGCAAGACGGUGGGUGUGACCCCGCUCUGACCAGGUUGUCUACCUCCCGGAAUCACACUGAUUCACACAGAAGGCAGCUAGGACGUGUGUAUCCAGUGUCCAAUCCCAAACCAGCUUUAUUUUGUUCAUGUUCUCGUUCUAGCUUGGAUGCUUUGGUGGCUGUCUGCCAAUCACUGUAGCAUAAAGGCUAAGUUAGUUGCUCGUAGAAGGUGACCCCCCCCAAACAUUUUUGUUAAAUGCUAUCUGUAAAAUACGGUAGGUUUUUUGUUUGUUUGUUUGUUUUUUGUUUUUAUUCUGAAUCACUGUGGUUUUGUUUAGUUGGGUUAGGAAAUUGGUAGAAGGAACAGCUGAUGCUAAGAAGGAAUUAGAAUUACUUUAGUUUCCCCAAAGAAUGUGAUUCUUCCUGUGUCUAAAGCCCUGGGCUAUGAAAGGUACCUGGAGGUGCUUUGUGGAGCCUUGGCUUGAAGCAGGAAAUGUCUCAUAGUCCCCUGAGGGCUGGGUCACAGGCGGGUACCACCAUGCCUGGCUUAAAGAUGUUUCGUCUAGAAUUUAUGUGCACACACGUUGGCCCAAUUCCUGCCUCCAGUGCAGGCUUCUGCCAAGCAUUGCCCCGCACUGGCUGGAAUCUGAUGUUGCAUCCUGUGAGGAUGUCAGGCAAUAAGACAUUCCGACCCCAGUGGAGACUGCAGGAGGGACUCAGAGCCAGUCUUACCUGAUCCCUCCUUUGUUUACACUUUAUGUUGAGACCUUGAUUUUAAAAUUUAGUUUAUCAUUUUUAGCUCAUAGGAAAGAUGAAGGAACAUGCACUAAGAAAGCAGUAUUGUUUUGUUAAAUUAUUCCCUUUUGUAUGAGCUGUAGCAGGACUACACAAAAGAGCUUAAGUUAUGACAUUAUUAUUCUUGUUUUUAUUUUAUAUCGUCAUAAUUUUCUGUUGACCAGAAGGUGUGGCUUAUGAUGUAGCACAUUGACUGUUUAUUGCUAACCGUGAAUUACUAUGGACUUCUGUGGUCCUAAGUGAAGGCUGGGGAUGGAGCUGCCCUUUGGUACUCCCGGCAUUCCUUGGUGUUUUCCCUAGUCACCUGAAUACUGCAGCAAUGGUCUGAGGAGGUGUGCUCUGCCCUGACACCCCACAGGUACACUGUGAUUUUUUUUUUACUUGAUUGUAAAAUCUCCUGAAUAUGCAGAUGACCAAGUUUGUUUAAAGGCUUCAGAAGUUAUAAACUUUCUAAAGUGUCUUAGAACAAAAUCAUGGGACUCUAAGGGAGGCAAAAAGAGAUUGAAUGGUCAGACGGCAAGACAGAGCUUUCUGUGAGUACUCGUGAGGUAGUUUCAAGAGCGGACAGCAAACCACGUCCUCAUCUCCUUCCUGCUGAGUCCCCCAGAUUGGGGCAAGCAGAAAGACUAACAGAGACACGUCAACACCAGCAGGCUAUGCCUCUGUGACUGCCUCAGGUCCCUCAGUCCUUAGAAUGCCCAUCCUGCAUUCCCACACACCUUAACUGGAUCCACCAUUAACAGGAUGCCACAAUAUGUCAGGGAUGUGGUGAUGGACGUGAAGGCCACACUUCUGUAGUAGAAUCAAAGAGAUUUCAGGAAAAAAAAAAUGGUUCUAAGAAAGGUUAAAAGGGAAGAGCAGUCCCCACCCCACCUGCCUUGUAAGAUCCAGGAAACUCAAACUGUGUUUCCUAAAAAACAUAGUCAUCAGAAGACCCUUGAGUGGAGAGAUCAGGGACCUAAGAGUCAGCUCUUCAGUGCUGUUCGAGGCCACCAUGCUCUGGUGCUUUGAGAAUCCCUGCCUGCCAGACCGAUUUCCAGCUUCAGCACUCACUGCGAGAUGAAUGGCUGUGUUCUCUGGCCAGCUUUUUUUGACUGACCACUAAGAUGAGAUUCAUUUUCUAUUGUUGUCAAGCACUGGACUUUUCCCUUUUUUCUAAAUUAUGUCUCUAAGUAAAAAUCCAUAUUAAAAUAAUAGCCUAGCACAGUAAUGGAGAAGCCUGUGUGCACUUUAAAACAUACCCCACCCCCACCAAGUUCAGAGCUAGCUGCAAGACUGGGAGAGUCAUGACAAUGAAGAUGAUGUUUUAAGGUGACUUGGGUGGCCUGCUUGAAGAUUGAGUAUUUUUAGUAUUUUAAGCCUUUAGUUCCACCAAGUUAAUCCCGGAAUUUAAGUCAUUUUGAGUCAGUACUGUCUCGUGAUUAUUCAGGGCCAUUGUGCUAAACCAUUCUCCUGAGCUGCUCUGAGUGACGGGGGCAAGGGCGCUGGAGUUCCUUGUUACUAAUGCAGGCUUGUCAGUGCUGCCACGAGGUAGCCCUGACGCCAUCUUCUCUGUGAGCAUGUGUUCCUGUUGAUUCAGUGCUUUACUGUGUUUUCCUUAUAACCUUAUGUCUUAAAUGUUUUUAAUUGUCUAUUGUUUUAAUUCUUUGAGAAUGUCAUAUACAUAAACAAUGAUCAUAUUCAAUCCAUACCCCUCUAUAACCCACCUAAGCCAGCCUCCUCCCAACUUGAGGCUUUUGGGUGGUUCUUUUGAUAAUUCACUAGUGCCACCCAGGUAUGCGUAUGGCCAUCACUGGAGCAAGGGACACACACAGCGGGCCGCUUCCACAAAAGCGUGAUUCUCCCUCCCCCAAUAGCUGUCAACUGCCAGUAACUCCUCCAUAAGAAUAGGGCCCAGAGAUCUCUUUCCCACA